CUCAAGACGGCGUUAGACGGCUCAAGGCGCACCAAGAGGCAGCCAUGCAGUGGGUGCCUCAUGCGCAGGUCCCAUCCGUGGCAAUUCCGUCUCACCCGGCCCAUGCGCCAGUCUAUCAACAGGUGAUCCGAUCUCCAAGCCCUGACGCCCGGCUGAAGCUGGCACCCCAGUCGCCGCACCUGGCCGGAACGGCCUCACCGCAUGCGGUGCAUGCGGUGCCUGCUCCCUUGCAUAUGGUGCGGGUGCCUAUGGCCCUGUCGCCGACCCAGAAGCACUUUCCGGCCAAUGUCUACCCAGCUCACAUGCAGCUCCAGGCCGGUAGCAGCUCGCCGGCGCCCCCCGCGCCGGUGCUCCUGCGCGGGGGGCCGGGCGCGGCCGACGGGACGACCGCGCCGGCGUGGAAGGAGAUGCAGCAGCGGCUGGGCUACUCCUCCUCCGAGCGUCCACUGAACGAACGUGCCCAACUUCCGCUGGGGGCGCUGCAGUCGCCCAAGGGCAGCGCAUCCCCGGCGCCCGGUUCGCCGCUGCCAGGCUCUCCUUUUCCAGGAUCGCCCUUGCCCGGCUCUCCAGUACCAGGGUCUCCAGUGCCGGGAUCACCUGUGCCAGGAUCGCCCCUGAUUCGGCCUGCGGUGCCGAUGGAAAUCAAGGGCAGAGAGGAACGAGUGGGCAGCGCAGAUGCGACCAAGCAGACCUUUCCAGGUGCUGGAGGUUCUCAGAGGUGUCCAACGCCACCUGUACCCGAGACGACGCCAGCGGAGCUGCCUUGGACGCGGCUGGCCUCUGACUGCUUGGGCGAGGAGGCCAUCGUGCGAGACAGUCCCAGCCUGGAGAAGAAGGUGGAGAGGAAGGCUCAGGAAGGCCUUGGCCUUCCGCCGAAAGGGGAAAGCAAAGCCGAAGAAAAAGCCUGGGUAGAUGCCAAGGCCCAGGAUGUCCAGAGGGUGCCCCGAGCAAAGAAGACCACGUCGAAUGAGAAGAAGACACCAAGUGCUGAAAGGAAAGCACCUGUGACUGUUGAGCGAAGGUCCGCCCCGGAGAAGAAGGCGCCCGAGAAGCCGCCCACCGAAAAGAGGGUGAAAGUGGCGGACAGGAAAGAUGCGUGGAAAGCGACUCCUUCCGAGAAACCGGUGGAAAGCACCCUUUCAGCCUGGAAGAAGUCGCAGCAGCUGAUGUUUGGCAAGACCAAAACAGAUGAGGAAGAUGCUUCCCAAAACUUUUGCCGGGAGAUGUUCAUCAGCCGUCGCCAUGGCCGGCCGGAGGAUCACUACCGAGUGCUGGGUGUUUUGGGAAAGGGAUCCUUUGGAGUGGUGCGGAAGGUGCAAUGCCGACAGACCAAAGCCAUGCGUGUCAUGAAGAUCGUGGACAAGCAGAAAGCUUUGAGUGGCGGCUACCCAUUAAAGCUGAUCAUGGAAGAGAUUGACAAGCUGAAAUCAUUGGACCAUCCAGCGGUUUUGAGAUUGUUCGAGUACUAUGCCGAUUCGCGUUCCCUAUAUUUGAUCACCGACCUUUUACCAGGUGGUGACCUGCUGGAGGCGGUGGAGAAGUCCUAUGGGGAGAAGAAGCAGCUGCCAGAGGCCUGGGUGGCCGCAGUCUUCCGACAGGCUUGCGAAGGUGUUGCCUAUUGCCAUGCCAAAGGCGUGAUGCAUAAGGACUUGAAGUUGGAGAACAUCAUGCUUUGCUCGAUCGAUCCACCAGAGGCGGUGGUCAUCGACGUGGGUUUGGCGGAGCUCUUCCCACCCUCGGAGGCCGAAUCCUUCAAGUCGGCGGAUGCGGCCGGCACGUUGGCGACCAUGGCUCCGGAGGUGAUCCGGGGAAGCUUCAAUGCCAAGUGCGACGUUUGGUCCUUGGGCUGUUGUUUGUACGCACUGCUCUGCACUCGGCCCCGGCGCUUGCGGGACUCCCCGGAGGAGACCUCCAAGCCCGAGGACGAUGAUGGAGCCUACUACAACUACUUCUACCCAUUUCGCCCGCCGUUGGGAGAGUCGCGGCCUGAAUUGAAGGCCUACUUGGAGCGCCAGAAGCGCGGCCCUGACCUGGCAAGGCUGCGCUGCUCGGCCGUGGCGGAUGACUUGGUGAAGGAGAUGUUGACCUAUGAUGAGCCUUCCAGGUCACAGUUGCAACAGAUCUUAACCCAUCAAUGGCUCCAAUGCAGGGACCGGGAACAAGUUCUGGGAGCUGGACAAGUGGAUAGUUUACUUCAGUUUCACCGGACCAAUGCCCUGGCUCAGGCUGUGCUUUUAGACAUGGCCUCCCAGCUUCCUCUUGCUCAGUUGCGUGAGCUCACUCAGCUGUUUGAAUCCAUGGACAAAGAUGGAAAUGGCAUCCUGGACCAGAGCGAGCUCACAGAAGCCUUGAUCAAAGCGGGCUUGCAGCCAGAACAAGCACGCAAAGCGGCGGUUCGGCUGCUGCGGGGCGGCGGCGGCGCGGUGGAGUUCUCGCGCUUCGUGGCCGCGCUGGUGCCCUCCUGCCGGGACCUCUUGUCGGCAAAGCUGCUUCGUAGUAGCUUCGACCGGCUGGAUGAGAACGGAGACGGCUUCGUCAGCCGGGCGGAACUUCAACGACUGCUGGAACGAGCAGGGUCAAAGCUGGCACAAGCACAGCAACAGUUGGCCGAGAGAGACAAACGGCCAGGCCAAGGCGAUGAGGUUCUUGACACCUCCGACGAGGAGUCUGGCCCGACCGCCAGCGGCUCCAAGCGCCUGAGAGCAGCACAUGCGGCAAGGAAAGCCUUUGACAACAUGGGUGGAGAGGGCCGCGUCCGGGUGUCCUUCGAGUCCUUGCACCGGCUCCUGGGUGGAAACUUCUCUUGAAAAGGCAGACGAUGGAAUUCAUCGCUUUUUGGACCGGCGAUUUGGAGGGCCGGUCCGCCGACAGUGGAAAGGCACCCAUCAAGGAUGGCGCAUCCUGUCAGUUCAUGUAAGUUCAAAGGUCAUGAAACUUCUUGUAUGUCUUUUUGCUUCGCGUGUUUGCCUCAAUUCGUGGAUUGGUCUUCGGACCUCUUGACGAUGAGCUCGUUUACAAUGCUUGCGAGCUAAGCUAGGCACAAGUCCUAGUUUCGGUGCUCAGCAUUUGCAUCGGCACAUGGGCCCUAGAAUGCGCGGGCCUAGGC